GCACGGAGGAAAGCGGCGCUGCCAUUGGAAAAUAUUUCCAGGGCUGCUGGCCGCUUAAGUGCCCUCCCAUCCGCUUCACACAUUAUCCUGUCAGCCAGAGGUUACACCGACAGGGCUCCAGGCUCGCAAAAAUGCGAUUAAGUAUAAACACCCAGCUAGUUAUAAAGGUUUUGGGCUUCGCAAAAUCUCACCGGAUUUAAAGGAGGAACGCGUAUGAGCCGGAGCGACCUCACUGUUUUCAAGGUUUCCUGUGGAGGUUGUUGGACGGGACAGCGGAGCAUCGACUGAGGUUUCCGGCUCUUCGCUCUACUUCCCCAUCUCAGAGAUGCUGCCCUGCUUGCGGAGAGUCCUGCGGCCUGCCUUCUCUCUCAGAGCCGGGACUGGUCUGACCGGAGCCGCGCUCAAAACCCACCAAACGCCCGCUCUAGCAUCCCCGGUGCAGCUCGCCUCGGAGACCCCGCUCUCCGUGGUGGUGCAGCGGUGUCACCUGGGCACACACCCCCUGAAGGAGCCGAUGGAGCCCCUCAACUCACCCCGAGGAGCCAAGGAGUUUAUUUAUAGCCUUCAUCCGUCUGAACGCACCUGUCUGCUCAGAGAGCUGCACAGGUUCGAGUCCAUAGCUAUUGCUCAAGGACAGCUGGAAAUUGCACCACCCACUGCAGCACAGUUAAGAUAUGUUCUGCUGCACAAUGCACUCCCAUUCGUUGGAUUUGGAUUCCUGGACAACUGCAUCAUGAUUGUUGCUGGCACACAGAUUGAGUUAUCAAUCGGCGUGGUUCUCGGCAUUUCAACUAUGGCAGCUGCUGCGCUGGGCAACUUGGUAUCAGACCUGGCAGGACUGGGGCUGGCAGGUUAUGUAGAAGCGUUGGCGUCUCGGUUGGGGAUGCAGAUUCCUGACCUGAGCCCAAAACAGGCUGAUAUGUGGCAGACAAGAGUCAGCUCUCACACGGGUAAAGCCAUCGGCGUGGGCAUCGGCUGCAUCCUCGGUAUGUUUCCCCUCCUCUUCUUCAAGGACGAGGAUGAGAAGAAAGAAGGCCAGACGGAGGUGAAGGAGCAAACGCAGUCGCCACCUGCUCCAACAGAGAGCAGCGAAAACUGAGGCGAGGCUAGAGACAAAUACUAUUCAGAAUCCGUUUGAAUGCUUGACUUAAUCUGACGCCGACUGCUCUCGCCUUGUGCGCUGGAGCGUAUGGAAAUAUCAGUGAACUCCAUACGGUCCAAUCGCACGGCUCAGUCGAACUAUCUGAGGUAUUCUGAAGAGGAUUUUAGAUAAUAUUCGAUCACAAACUCUGAACUUAAGCACAGGAGGCUCGUCAUCUCUUGAAGAAACGACUGCUGCUACCUGAUCCCGUAACCUCACUUCGUCUCGACUGACCGACACGGUCAUUUGUCUAAGACACCUCCUCUUACCUCUGGCUAUAGAUGGCUAGAUCACAUAUAGGUUAACUGACAGCUUCGUGCACCCCCUGAAAUAUUAUAGGAGAAAACCCAGUUAGAGCUCAGUCGUGUUAUAAAGUUCUUGUUUUCUGUCAGAAAUCUUGAAAACCUUACAGGGAAGACGGAACGAAGUCAGUUUAGUGUUCCAGAUCAGCCAAUGUUUAAACACCUUUUCCGUGUUUCCCUGUCAGGUUUUGGUGGUUAUAAACCAAGAACACGGUGUCUUCAGUUCCUAAAGCAUGUAAGCUUCUGGAUUUGAGCAAGUCCUGCCUCAUCCACAGACCUUGACAACUAGUCCGCUGCAGGUGGUUAAAUCUGUAACACCUGAAAGCUUCUUCUUCUCCUCAGUGAUGCACUGCAUAUGCACACCUCUGCCAAAGGGUUCACACAAAUCACUGAAGAAGUUAAAUGUAUUUAAAAGUCCUACAAAAUAUUUUAAAGAAGAGGCAGAGGGAGGAAGAGGCAGUGAACAACGAUAUGAAGUAUAAACUGUGGAUCACCUGGAUCCUCU